CGCUCAUAUCCUCUUCUGAUAAAAGGUGACCAUAAAUCCUGCGGGAGCGGCGGCUGCAGACCACUCCACCUCCCGCAGCAGCAGCCGGCUCCUCGCACCAAGAUUGGCUCCAGGGUUAUAGGAGACCUUCAGUCCUGAGGAGCAGGAGCCAGCUGGACCCAAGCUGUGAGCUCCAGGCUCUCGGCCAUGUCCCCGGCCGCCCCACGCGUACCCUGGCGCUGGCUGGCAACGGGCAGGGUGUCGCGGAGGCUGGUGCUGGUGGUGGUGUUCGUCGCGCUGCUGCUGGACAACAUGCUGCUGACGGUCGUGGUACCGAUCGUCCCCACCUUCCUUUAUAUAACAGAGUACGAAGGCGCCAACAGAUCUCUUGCCCCAGCCCAGACUGAGCCAGCUCCACCAGCCUUGAAGGCUCCUCCUUUCUCCUCCGUGUUCUCCUACUUUGAUAACACCACGCUGACUGUCUCGGGCUCCACCAGUGCCACGGAGCUGGUGAACGGGACGGAGAGCAGCCGCCCGCUGCAGCCCCCCGCCAGCAGCCCCCCAUCACCCAGCGGCUGCCCGGAGGGCAAGGAGUUCCUCGCCAAGGAAAACAUCCGCGUAGGGCUGCUGUUUGCCUCCAAGGCUCUCGUACAGCUGGUGGUCAACCCCUCCGUAGGUCUCCUGACCAACAGGAUAGGAUACCACAUCCCCAUGUUCAUCGGAUUCAUCAUCAUGUUCCUCUCCACAGUCAUGUUUGCUUUCUCAGGCACCUACACCUUGCUGUUCAUCGCCCGAGCUCUCCAGGGCAUUGGGUCGUCGUUCUCAUCAGUUGCAGGCUUGGGCAUGCUGGCCAGCGUGUACACAGACGACUUCGAGAGGGGCAACGCGAUGGGGAUCGCUCUCGGAGGCUUGGCCUUGGGUGUGCUGAUCGGGGCACCCUUUGGGAGUGUGAUGUACGAAUUCGUGGGGAAAUCGUCUCCCUUCCUGGUCCUGGCGUUCCUCGCCCUCUUGGAUGGAGCUUUGCAACUCUGCAUACUGCAGCCCUCCAAGAUCUCCCCGGAGAGCACCCGGGGCACGCCGGUGUUCACCCUGCUGCGAGACCCCUACAUCCUGGUCGCUGCAGGAGCCCUCUGCUUCUCCAACAUGGGGGUGGCCAUGCUCGAGCCCACCUUGCCCAUCUGGAUGAUGCAAACCAUGUGCUCCCCGAAAUGGCAGCUGGGGAUGGCGUUCCUCCCGGCCAGUAUAUCCUACCUCAUCGGCACCAAUCUCUUCGGGAUUCUGGCUAACAAAAUGGGCCGGUGGCUGUGCUCCCUGAUCGGCAUGGCCGUGGUGGGAAUUAGUCUCCUUUGUGUACCUCUAGCCAAAAAUAUUUACGGGCUGAUCGGCCCAAACGGCGGGCUCGGCUUUGCCAUAGGAAUGGUGGACUCCUCGAUGAUGCCGAUCAUGGGUUACCUUGUGGACCUUCGCCACACCUCUGUCUACGGCACGGUCUACGCCAUAGCUGAUGUCGCCUUCUGCAUGGGCUUUGCCAUCGGUCCAUCCACAGGCGGUGCGAUUGUCCGAGCUGUUGGGUUUCCCUGGCUGAUGGUCAUCAUUGGAGUUAUCAACAUUGCUUACGCUCCUCUCUGUUGGUACCUGCGCAACCCUCCCGCUAAAGAGGAGAAGAUUGCAAUCUUAAGCCAGGAAUGCCCCAUGCAAACCAAAAGCUACACCACUCAGAAAACGCUGCGAGAGUUCCCUCUUGCAGAUGACAGCGACGUGGAGGCAGAAAAUGUGGAAUAGCAAGUG